AUGGCCUUGGAUGACAUCGGUUCCAACUGCGAGCCCGCGGCUGCCGAGAUGCAGCGCUUUUCUGACCUGCUGCAGAGGCUGUUAAACGGCAUCGGAGGCUGCAGCAGCGGCAGUGACAGUGGCGGCGGCGAAAAGAGGCGGAGAAAGUCCCCGGGAGGAGGCGGCGGCAGCAGCGGCAACGACAACAACCAGGCGGCGACAAAGAGUCCCCGGAAGUGGGCGGGGGCUGCUGCCCGUCUCAAUCGGCUGAAGAAGAAGGAGUACGUGAUGGGGCUGGAGAGUCGAGUACGGGGUCUGGCAGCCGAGAACCAGGAGCUGCGGGCCGAGAAUCGGGAGCUAGGCAAGCGCGUACAAGCACUGCAGGAGGAGAGUCGCUACCUACGGGCCGUCUUAGCCAACGAGACCGGACUGGCUCGCUUGCUGAGCCGGCUGAGCGGCGUGGGACUGCGGCUGACCACCUCGCUCUUCAGAGACUCGCCCGCCGGUGACCACGACUACGCUCUGCCCGUGGGAAAGCAGCAGCAGGACCUGCUGGAAGAGGACGACGCAGCCGGAGGAGUGUGUCUUCAUGUGGACAAGGAUAAGGUGUCGGUGGAGUUCUGCUCGGCGUGCGCCCGGAAGGCGUCGUCUUCUCUUAAAAUGUAG